UGGGCCUGGAAUUUCAGCCCAAAUGUUGUCCAGGGCUGGAAGUCAAGGAAGUAUGGAUAAUUGGGCCUAAGAUUUCAGCCCAAAUAAUUGGGCUAGGGCUGCCCAGUUCCCACACACGCACGCUCUUCUCACGUGUUCUACCUCCUUCUAUCUUCAAUUCGAAUUUCUAAAUUCUAUAGCAGCAGCAGCCUCUCCUCUUUGUAGAGGGAAAGUAGUAAGGUUUCGGUUGGGUUCGGCUUGGAUUGAGUGGCUUCUUGAAGGAAUGACCGGUCGGUUCUCCAGUUCAAGGGGAAAUUUUCGGGUCAGAUCGAACCGCACCGGUUAUAUAUAUAUUUAAGGGUUUUACGUGCCUUCAAUUGUUCAUUUUCUUCGGCCUUCACUUCCGUCUUCCGAUUCCACUAGGCACCAAAUCAGUCGCAGCGCCAGAGCUCUCCCUCGUUCGUUCUCUUCUCCCCGCCUGGUCGCCGUGCCACUCGCCCUCGUUCGUCGUUGCCUCCUCUUCUCCUCUUCUCCCCUUGACUCGCCGUCGUUCCUCGUCUCUUCAUAUCAGACUUCAACCUUCAGCCGACCGUCGCCAUCGCCUCAAAACUUUUUACUCUUCUUUCUCUGCAGUCAGCCACCGUCCACUGCCAGCGCCGGUAACAUUUACUCUCCUCAAAAUUUCUUUUUGAUCUUUUAGCUCAAGUCUUUCCUGUACCCAAUGAUUUUAGUCACAAGGUUUGUUGGUUUCUACUGUACAGAUACCUGGGGUUUUGUCGAAACUUUGUCCAGCAUUUUUUAUUCAUUGUGUUCACUGUUAUUGUUUAUGCAUUUUGUGUUGGGAAUGGUUUCAGAUAGCCCGGUUUUCAUUAUUUUUGAAGCUCAAUCAACGAAACAACAAAGAAAGUGAAGCCAAGUAGAGCACUACAAUGUCUCUGUUCUUCCGCUUUUGCUCAGUACCUCCCCACAAGUGCCGACAGCAAAGCCACGUAUUUCAGAUAAGCCUUCGAACAUAUGCAGACGGCACAAUUAAAUGGGUUCGAGAUCGUGGUCUUGAUCAUGCUGUUGAGAGAGAGAAGAACCUUCUGCCGGUGAUGAAUAUAAAGAAUUUUAUAAAAUCAGAGCCGUCCAAGUCUGUUCCAGUUUCCAUCAUAACUCAGAAAAGGGAAGUUCUAAGGAUUCCGACGCGUCCCAUUGAUUUGAUCAGAAAAUAUCCCACCAUUUUUGAAGAAUUUCUCCCUGGAGGCAUUGGCAUUCAACCUCACGUCCGGCUAACUUCUCAGGUCCUUGAACUUGAUGCUGAAGAGCAGUUAACGAACCAAAGUGAAAUUUGUCGACAACAAGCUGCAGAUCGACUUGUGAAGCUCUUGAUGCUAUCGAGAGUCCAUAAAAUACCUUUAAGUAUCAUUGAUCAAUUGAAAUGGGAGCUGGGUCUUCCUAAAGAUUAUGUUCAAAGUAUAGUUCCUGAGUUUCCAGAUUACUUCAAAGUUGUAGGACACCAAAAUUUUGCAUCUGGAUGGGGCACUAAGCAAGCGUUGGAAUUGGUAUGUUGGAACAAUGAAUUGGCCACUUCAGUUUUAGAGAAGAUGGCCGCAAAAGGAAAACCCGGCAGCACAUCGAAGGGAAUGCAUAUUACUUUUCCUAUGAAUUACUCAAACGGGUUUGAGAUGGACAAGAAGUUCAAGAAGUGGGUGGAUGAGUGGCAAAAGUUGCCUUACAUUUCUCCCUACGAAAGUGCAACACAUCUCCCUCCAAGUAGCGAUGAAUCUGAUAAGUGGUCUGUUGCGAUUUUACACGAGUUUCUUCAUAUGCUUGUCACGAAGAAGACCGAGAAGGAAACUGUAUUGGGCAUAGGAGAGUACUUUGGCCUUCGGUCAAGGUUUAAGAGAGCAUUGCUUCACCAUCCAGGGAUAUUCUAUCUAUCGAGUAAGGCUGGAACCUACACAGUUGUCUUGAAAGAAGCGUAUAAGAGGGGUUCGGUAAUUGAGAGUAGCCCCUUGAUGAUCAUUAGAAACAAGUAUCUUCACCUUAUGAACACAGUGAAGGAAGACAGUAAAACCACUAGCAGCGAGCAUAAGAGUACUCGCCAACAGAAGCAAGAACAGAAAGAAGGGUCAGAUGAUGGAUCUGGGAAACAGAAUGAAGCUGAAUUAUUCAACUCCUCGGCGAACGAAGACGAAGACGAAGACGAAGACGAAGACGAAGACGAAGACGAAGACGAAGGUGAAGGUGAAGAUGCUAGUAGUAAUCAUAACAUUCAGGCAGAUCGAAAAGAGGAUGGACGUAGUAAAAGACAUGUUGAUCUCAAAGAAAAUGCUGUUAGAGACAGGAUGCGAUCAUCAAAGAGAAAGAACUCGAGUGCGAAAAGACCUUCUAGGGAUAGGGAUGCUAAAAGAGAGAGGUCAAAUAUGAGUAAGAGAUAUUCAGUGAGGACAAAGGUUUAGCGUAGUUUUGCUCGAGCAAUAGGCACAAUAUCAUUGGAAGUGCAAGCCUCCUGGAACUGGCCUUCGAAAGUUCUUUUUGGUGGGAAAGUUAACAUCCAAAUCUAUUUUAUAUUGGAGUGGAGAGAAGUGAAGCUCCUGAUGUGGUGGUACAAGAUGACUACUUAUUUGCCCGUUGUAUCUACCAGGAUAGAGCCUUACUGCCCAAAAUUGUUGUACUUAAAAUUUUUUAUUUCCUUUUCAUUAUUUACAAUUGGUUGGUAUUUUGAGGAAAGAUUUGAUUCGGCAAUUUCCUUCACUUUGGAUUGGUAAGCUGUAUUCAAUUAACUAGGCUUGGUCGGUUAACUAUAUCUCCCGAGUGUGCAUAGAAAAUGGACAACAAAAUUGUAUUUCCUUGAGAACUCUUUGAAAACAUUGGGUUCUCCA